AUGGAGCAGCCGCAGCAGCAGAAGGGAGGAGCGGCGUCUGCGGCGGCGGCGCCCGCGAACGGGACCGGGGGCGCGGAGCUGAUCGGCUACGUCGACGUGCACGUGCGCAGCGCGCGGGACAUCCAGAACAUCUGCAUCUACCACAAGCAGGACGUGUACGCGCGGCUCUCGCUGCCGGGGGACGGCGCGCCGGCGGCGUCCACGCAGGUGGUCAACGGCGGGGGUCGCAACCCGGUGUUCGACCAGUCGCUGCGCCUCGGCGUGCGCGCGGGGGACGUCGACGCCACGCUCCGCUGCGAGGUGUGGAUGCUCAGCCGGGUCAAGAACUACCUGCAGGACCAGCUGCUGGGCUUCGCGCUCGUGCCGCUCCCGGAGGUCGUCGCCGCCGACGGCGGCACGCUCGCCCGCGAGUUCCCGCUCACCACCAGCGACCUCUUCCAGACCCCCUCGGGGUUCCUGCAGCUCGAGCUCUCCUACAUCGGGGUCGUGCCGGAGGUCGUGCCCAUCUCGCCCACGCCCAAGCCGGCGCUGGCCGACCCGGAGGAGGAGGAGCCGGAGAAUAACGCCGCCGAUGGCGUCGGGAACGGGAAGGAGUACGAGAAGAUCGAGUUCCCGGACCUGAAUCUCGUGGAGGAGAACCAGAUCAUGGUCUCCGAGUACACCAGGCUGCCGUGCGCGGCCGUGGAAACGCAGAGCUCCGACAGCCUCCUCACCUCGGAGCACGGGGAUGGCGCCACGACCAUGAGCCACGACGCCGGCGUGCGCCUCGUGGAGAGCUUCUCGACGGACAACAGCACCGCCGACUCGGUGGGCGCCUUCCGGAGCGACACGCCGGUCAGCAGCGUGUCCACCACGGAGUCCCCCGCCGCCGCCGCGUUCCCGGCCACCCCUCAGUCCAAGAACUCCAGCUCGGAGCCGUCCGGGAACGCCCACUCGUCGGCUGACCGCAAGGAGAAGGCGGCGUCGGAGACCGCCGACGCGGAGGUCGACUCGUCCCGCACCGUCCAGGAGGUCCCGGCGGCGAACUCGCCCGGCGCCGCGUCGGAGGCCGCCGAGGACAAGCCGGUGAUCAGCGUCAACAUCGAGCAGGAGGUGAAGGUGGACGGGAACCAGAUCAUGGACAUGUACAUGAAGAGCAUGCAGCAAUUCACGGAUUCCCUGGCCAAAAUGAAGCUCCCUGCCUUGGACAUAGACAACGGUAGCAGCGGGAAGAGCAGUCCCGCAGCAGCCACACCCGACGCAGACUCCACGGGUGCCGACUCGAGCGCGGUGAAGAAGCCGGCCGCCGCAGGGCAGCAGGAGAAGCCGUCUCCCAAGGUGUUCUAUGGCAGCCGGGCGUUCUUCUGA